CGCAAAACAUGGGGACACAUUAAUUUGUCACUCAAACACUGAUCUCUGGCGAUUAAACAUGUGGAUCGCUAAACGUCUCCUGUUAAGUAUAGUUCUCAAAGGACAUUGCAGUCUGUUUUGUCGUCCUCCGAGCUCCUUGCCUGAAUAUGAGCUGAGAUUGCUGCACUGCACCUGUUGCAGCAGGAGCAGAAUCACGAUUGCUGGGUUUGACACCCUGAAUGCAUCCGUUUCGUCUGAAGUAUGCCAGGAGGACAGCAAACACCUAGACUCAUGCUAUACAGCAGAGCAGCGUGCUGUCAUCCUCCAGCGACUCAAUACAGCCACCAAGUCUGAACUGGCCCAGGUCAAACUGCUGAAAGGGCGGAAAGCUGUCAACAUCAUCGACUACAGAACAAGACAUGGACUAUUCAACGAUCUGGAGAGUGUAAUUAAUGUGUCCUUACUCAAACACAAGAGUGCUGUCAUGGUAUUUAACUCCAUCCUGAACCCAGUUGAGAAAAAGGAGAGGAGAAAGGGAAAAGUCAAUCUGGCUAAAUUUAUAAGACCUGAAGUUGACCAAGCUUUGUUGGAGGAUGCAAGCUCCAUUGUGUCCAUUGUGUGUGGAACUAAUAAAAUUGCAUGGACACAUAUGGAUCGGUCAAGGACUGUGUUAGACUGGCAGCAAGAGGAGUGCAAGAGUUUUAUGAAAGGAACAUACAUGGCAUCUGAUUAUUUGAAUGAUAUCUCGACUGCAAUAUCAAGAUUUCCUACUGCUGACUUCUUUGUGGUGGAGAAGCCAAGUAUCUCUCCUCAGAACACUUCUCUUUAUCCAGUCAUGGCCCACCUCCGGACUGUAGAGGCCAUGCUAUUUGCUUUGCUCACCCCAGUGAGGGAACCAGGGAGACCCCCAAAUGUCCUUAACAUGAUGCGCACAGCUGUGGGUCGCCACUUCGGCUUGAUGGUGGGGGAAAGUCGGACAAGUGGAGCUGAGACAGUGAAGAUGAUGAUGACAGAGUCAGAUAUGAAGCAAGAGCCUCGGGUUCUUUUCCCUCAUGACUUGGUGCUAAUACACAGGAAUUCUUUCAAGAUGAGCAGUAAGAACAGAGGAGAAGAGCUGUGUGAUGCUCUUCUGCAGGCUGUUGCAUUUUUUGAACUCCUGAGGGAGUGACUCAAUAAUGGAUGAUGUGGCAGGCACUCCACUACAGCACAUCCCUCCUCCUCCUCGGGUUUCGGUAAAAGGAGGCGAGAACUGGCUUGACAAUAUCAAUAAUAUUUUAAUUAUAAACUUAACCAAAAAGACAAACACACACACAGGUGUCGAGCAGCUGCCCGUAACACACUCUCUGUCACACCGCCGUCUCUGGUCGGCCGUAUCCCUCUUAUUACUAUUAUACAUUUGUUGGACCUGAUCAGCUAAAUGCAAGCAGGUUUGUUAAACCUUACAUUAUCAGAUGAUUAUGUCCUACUGGAUGAGCGAUGGAUUGUGCAAUAUUCAAGAACAGUUAUUUGAUACACUGCUACCAUUUUCUCUGAUCCAUCUACUCUUCAUUUAGGUUAAUUUGCAUCAAUGUUGCUCUGAUGUGAUAAAAGGAUUUUAUUUAAUACUUUAAUUUCCCUAAAUAUUAAACUAGAAUUCAGUCAUUUUCUCAGGAGAUAUAUUCUUAGUAAAUUAAAAUAUUGUAUUUAUAACUUGUGUUCUGGUCAGCUAUUCAAGGUUGGUUAUAAGGGAUGUUGUUCGUUUUAACAUCUACAGUGUAGUUAAUUCUACAGCAGUGCAGGGAUUAUUGUUAUUCAUAAGGCUGCUUGUUUGUUCCCCACCAGUAGUGUCGAAAUUACUAUUAAAUUGAUUUACUGUCAUUUCUCUUCUGCACGGCUGGGGAAGAAACAAAAGUUAGUGUCUUCUGAGCCUCCAUGUGGAAAUAAUUAAUAUACGACAAGUACAACAUGUGACAUGUAGAUUGAAAAAUACAACAUUCCAAUAUUAACAAUAAAUGCAAACAAUUUACAGGUAAGAGGCUAUAUACAAACAAUUUUUGUUAACGUUAACUUUCAAUUCACGUGAAACUGAAAAGAUUGGAUGACAUCCAGUGGCCAUGUUGGGUACUGCACCAAAACAUGUUAUAGCGUAUUAAGCUAAAAUUAUAUGCACAACUUUAUAAGAUUUAUGGCUUUUACUUCAUAUCAUUUUUAGGGUCACCAGAGACAGAUUUAACAUGUUUUAUAAAGAAUUGUUUUAUUUUUUUUUUCAUUAAAAUAAACUUUUACCUAGAACAUUAAAAACUUACUUCACUUAUAUAAAUUAUUUAAUUUCAACAAUAAACCACAAAGUGUCUUCUUCCAAAGCAUUCAUGAAUUACAACCAUUUAAAUCUGUGUUAAAUACUUUUCUGGUAAAUGUCGGUUAAGGGAUUAAACAAAUGAAUUCCAAAAUAUAACAUAGGAAUUCGAUCUACCAGAUUCAUAUCCAUCAAAAAAGUGACUUAAAUCGGCUGUUUAGCAGCAUUUAAAUGGCUGACUGAAGACGCCAAAUGUAAAAAAAGCAGACAGAAGUCAUAGAAAGACACAUUCUACAAAUGUGGACAGGAUGCUCCACUAGUUGUCCAACAACAAACUAGAAAGUUAAAUUUUUUUUUUUUUAGCUUUGUUGAUUUUUAAGUGAUGAAUUAAAGAUGCCACUUUUUGUAAUGUUUAAGCAUGCUGACAGCGCACAGCACAUUUUAAUUUGAAAAGUUGCAUCCUAAAUCGUACUCGUUAUUUAAAGCAUUGCUUCUGUACAAAUUCACCGUAUUCAACAAUAAAUGUCAAUUUUGGUCAUGAUCGGACUUUUCAUUGUUGCCGUAAGCAAUGUUACCGUUAUUAUGGAUAGUACAAAAUAAAUGUUUUUAGAAUCAUAAUUUAUAAAUGACAGUGUUUAGAAUCGGUUGCUGAUUCUUUAUGUUGGGGCGUCUGACAGACAACGGUUUGCUUUAAUAAAGUGCUGCAGAAGAAAAAACUGUUUAAUGCCGUGAACUACAUGUUGUGCACCCACAAUUAUCUCACAUUUACACACUUUCUACACAUCACAUCACUGAGCUUGGGAUGCGCAUAAGUGGUGUUGUGCUUUAGAUUGGAGCGUUUCUAUUUACCUCCUUUAUGUGUGUUUUUGAUCAGUUUUCUUAUUAUAGGGCUUCCCUUCGCAUCCACAUAUCCCCCAGAAAUAUAGCAGUCCACACAGACACUAACACUGUCCCUCUCAAUGUUCAAACCAAAUCUAUGCCGUUGCUGCAUGUAGUAACAUGGCUGCAGAUAUUUACCAGUAAAGGAUGCAGAUAGGGGUAGACACAAGGAUAGACACAGUAAACCAUUUCUUAAUGGACCUCACUUUUGAGGUCAUGCUGGAAUAGAAAAGGGAUCUUCCCACACUGUUGCUCCAUAAUUUGAAGCACACAAUUCUUUAGAAUGCAACUUAAUGCUGUAGCAUUAAGGUUUGUCUAACAAAACUGUUGAAUUAGACUAUAUGGCCACAUACUUUUGGCAAUAUAGAGUAGAUGGGUUUAAGGUA